UUUUUAAUGGCGUCACCUUCUCCGACCAGAUUCAUCGAGAAAGCCCUUCUCGCCGCCGGCCCUUUCGCCUUAUCAUAUACCGACCCAGAUCAGAAAUGGCUAAUCAGGAAACAUCUAAUCUCCUUCCUCCAAGAUUUCCCCAAUUUCGAGCUUUCUACUGAUACUUUCAAUCACAAUGAUGGAACCGCAGUUCAUCUAUUCCAUCUCCAAGGCUCUCUCCGAAUCCGAAACUCCAUACUACAAUUGACACCAGUGGAAUUAACCAUUUGGGUACAUGAGAACUACCCAUUAACGCCCCCUUUGGUCUUUGUAAACCCUAAUUCCGCUCCAAUUCGCACGAACCACCCCUUUGUGGACGCUUCGGGUUUCACUAACUCUACAUACAUCGAAACAUGGGAACACCCACGAUGCAAUUUACUCGAUUUGGUCCGCAAUCUCUCCAAAGUCUUCGCCAAUGAUCACCCAUUUGUUCAUACAGAUUCUAUCCCAAGCCGAUCUUCAUCGGCGUCGAGAACCGAGGCCUUGGACCGUUUAGCAACGAAUCUUCAUUACGAUAUCCUCGCCAUUACGGAGGAAGCAGAGGAAGACAUCGAAAACCUCUGGAAACUGCAAACGGAGAUGAGGAAGAGAUCCGACUCGGUGGCAGAGAUCAUCAGGGAGCUUGAGACGGAGAAGAUUAAACUGAACGAGAAUGUUAAGAAGGUUAAAUACGACGCCGGUGUUCUGGAAACUUGGGUGAAGACGAACUAUCCCAGAUUCAUCCAAGCAACGUCAGGCGAUCUGGAAAUUGAAGAAAUGUUCGAAUUGGAAUGCGACAAGGAGGAUGAAGAAGCAGUGAAGAUGGUUGAGAUCGAGAGCUCGACAGAGGAUGACGCCAUUGAAGACGUGAUGCGUGCCCUGGAGGAAGCAGUAGAAAAGGGGGAUUUGGAGAUGGGUUCGUACCUAAGGCACGUGAGGGUUUUGGCGAGAGAACAAUUCUUCCAUAGGGAGAGAAAUCGCAGCUUUUUUCCCUUAUGAAACAAGCUUUGACAUGACAGCAAUGGUGUACACAUGAUGGAAUCGUGCCCUCUUUUUUUUUUUUUUUGAACAUUAUUUUUUUACUCGAUCUCUGCAAACAAAAUCUCAAAACGCCUACAGAAAUCGAGCAAAUCAACAUUCUUGCACACUUUUACGUUUAU